GGUCCACUCCUGGAGGCCAUAAUACAUACACAAAGUACAGUAUUUACUUGUGCAAUACCACCCAGCGGCUACACAGACUUGUGCGCUAUUUUCACAUUUCGAAAACACAUUUUUAGACCAAAAAUGACUCCGCCCGCCACUUACUAAAGAUAUUUCCUUGAGUCAGAGGAGAAAAGGGGAGAAGCCAAGUACUUCUCGAUUCUGUGCGAAGAGAAAUCCCAUUGUAAACUGAAAGGUGACAACAUGUGAAACCUAGCAACUGAAGACGGAGCUGCCAUCUAAAAGGAAACCGCAGCGCAGUUCGGCUGCAUUCUGGGUGUAGACAAACGUAGCCUACUGUACAAGAAAUGAUGAGCAGAUUUUAUACUAUCAUCUUCAAUCUCAUUCAAGUUGGUCUGGUGCACUUGGAGAUAUUCAGCCUUACUGCACCAGAUUCACUCCAGUUUAGUAAUGUAGGUGGUAAAGUGGUGUUGCCUUGCCUGCUCUCUCCCAGCAUCAGUGCUGUUGACAUGGAAAUCCUGUGGUCUAGAGAUGAAAGGAAAAUAUUCCACUACAGAGAGCAAAAAGAGGUUACACAAGGCAUUCAUAGCAGCUAUGUGGGUAGGACACACAUUGCAAAAGCGGAAAUAACCUUAGGAAAUGUUUCGCUUCACCUGGACAAUGUUCACACUGUGGAUGAAGCAGUAUAUACAUGCGAAGUUGUUUCUAAGAACUGGCAUGACAGCAAAACUGUCAGGUUAAAGAUUAUUGCACUGGGCAGCAUCCCCCUGAUGUCUUUGGCUGGACUUCAGAAAAAUGGUAUACUGUUAUACUGUGAUUCAAAAGGAUGGUACCCCAGGCCUGUAAUUGAAUGGUCUGACAGAAAGCAAACUAAUUUAACAGGACAGGCCAUAUAUUCUGAAGAACUGGACAACUCUGGGUUAUACAACGUGCAGAGUUAUCUACAAGUAUAUGAAGAGAAUAAACAUGAGCUUUCCUGUAUCAUCAAGCAAGGUGAACAUGAACUGCAAUCCAGAAUUAGUAUUAAUGAAGACUUUUUUCCACGGGUUUCAGCUAUGACUGUGGUUUUAGGAAUUCUUCUGCCCUUGAGUGUUCUGGCCUUCAUGGUGAUGACCUUUACUGCUCUGAAUUUCAAGAAUAAAGUUAAAGCUGAACGGCAACGAGCAGAGGCUGAGUAUGAUGAAUUUUCUCAACGUCUUGCAGCUGAGAGGCUACGUGUUCAAGAUGAAUAUACAGCACAGGCUCAAAGUCUUGAUGCAAGGAAUAUUCACAGGUUUGCAGAAGACUUAACUCUAGAUCCAGAGACGGCACACCCUUACCUUCAAAUAUCAGAAGACAGAAAACAAGUGAAAAGAGGAGACAAACGUCAGGACCUUCUUGAUGGGCCUCAGAGAUUUGAUGCUUGGGCCUGUAUUCUGAGUACACAGGGGUUCAACAGUGGACGGCACUACUGGGAAGUGGAUGUUGGAAAUAAUAUUGACUGGAUAUUGGGAGUAAUGAAAGAAACUGCAUUAAGGAAAGGUACAAUUGAUAUGACUCCCAGUCAGGGAUACUGGACACUGAAGCAGUAUGAAGAUCAGUUUACAGCAUUGGAUAGCAUCAGGACCAGUCUCACUUUGAGCAUAAGGCCCACAGCCAUCGGAAUGUAUCUGGAUUAUGAGGAAGGCCAAUUUUCUAUUUAUAAUGUGGACAGCAGAAAUCUGAUCUAUACAUUUACAGAAAAUUUCAGAGAAAAAGUUUACCCUGUCUUCAGGACAUAUGAUACCUGCAAUUUAAAAUUAAGGUUGCCGGUUGAAACACAUUAAAAGAUGGCUGAACUGUUUGCUAGUUAGGAUUUUUCAAAGAUAUUUUAUGCAACAAGUGGACCACUAUCCUUAAUCUUCAAGAUAUUUUGCGUCACAUUUCCCAUUGCGACCUGGAAGAUUGUCUGGAGUAAUGAAGAUUAACAUAUUCAUUGCACCACUGUGGUUUGUGUAUUUAAUACACUUUGCACAUGCAUCAAUAUCAUUUUUCCAUAUAUACAAUAUAUGCAUAUAUAUUUAUUUGUUUGUUAUCACAAUAUUACUCGCUUUUCCUGUUUUGUUAUGAAUUGCUUCCCUUUGUUUUCAUUCUUGUGCGUCAUAAAUCCUUGCAAAAGUGUUUGUUGGACUUUUCCAGGAGAAACAUUCAGAAGGUUCCUUGUUUUCCUAAAAUUUCCUGACUGGCAAUUCUCUGCAGCCUUUUACGCUCCAAACAUCUUAAACACAGGUGGCAUGGCGGCGCAGUGAUAGUGCUUCUGCCUUGCAGUAAGGAGACCUGGGUUCACUUCCUGGGUCCUCCCUGCAUGGAGUUCACAUGUUCUUCCCGUGUCUGCAUGAGUUUCCUCCUCCUUAGGUGCAUUGGCGAUCCUAAAUUGUGCUUGGUGUGUGAAUGUGUGUGCCCUGUGAUGGACUGGCACCCUGCCCGGGAUUUGUUCCUGCCUUGACUCCUGUGUUAGGAUAUAGUGGGUUGGACGAUGACUGAGUGACAUCUUAACACUCUUGCAGCAUCUGAAGAAGAUAAAAACAAGAGCUCAGACAGCACACUCUUGACAUUUAUCUUGGGUCUCCUGACAGAGCAAGACAGUGGAUUUGUGUGCUGAAAAAUUCUUCAAUGCAAGCUAAAUAUAAAACUAGUAUUUGUGUCACGACUGCUUUAUGAUGUUAUGGUUAUUUUGUCACUGAUGUGGCCAUGAAGUGGCACAAUGUUAGGUUUCAUCUAGGGUCUGACUUAAUUACAUUUUCACUUUUUAAGUAAUUUUUAAUUAUUUUGCAUGUGUUUUUGUUAUUUUGCAACUUUUGUAUAUUUUUUGUUUAAAUAUUAUGUGGCAUUUAUGUAUUUUGUAUAUAUGUUCCUUAGUUAUAUGUCUUGCAUUCUGUGGGUGUGACCACAGGAGGCUGCUCCACCAAAAUGUCAUUAUUGAAGGACCACCCUUGGACUGAUGGCUAAAAUCCUUCAGAGAAUCAGUAAGCAUUAUGGAGUAAGGAUAAAGAUUUGCUGCAGUGGGUUGGCACCCUGCCCGGGAUUGGUUCCUGCCUUGUGCCCUGUGUUGGCUGGGAUUGGCUCCAGCAGACCCCCGUGACCCUGUGUUCAGAUUCAGUGGGUUAGAAAAUGGAUGGAUGGAUAAAGAUUUGUAAGCAUUGUUUAGAAUUCUGGUUUCUGCAUUUUGAUUAUGGACUGGGCUUGUUUGCUUCAGGUUUUGUAUUUAAAUGAUCAUUUUUGCGCUGGCUUUUUCUCUGUCUUGCCUGUAUGCUGGUCCAUUUUUUAUGUAAUAAAUUAGUGAAAAAUAAAAGAACAUUUUUUUUUGUCUGAAAGGCCAGAAGUUAUCCUUUUCCCUAAAAGACAUAUUUGGGUAUUUUGAAAUUACUGCACUUUAAAAGCCCAAGCCCUAUUUUGAGCUUGAGCCCCAUUUGGGUUGGGGCUAGGCUGUUGAGGUUGCGAACUGUUUCUUAGACAAUGACCUAGUGAAGUCUGGUCUGGAUUUUAUUUAUUUUGUGGCCUGCUCACUCUUAUUUUCUAUUUUGGUGUUGCUGAAUAACAACAUACUAUAAGCAGACAUUUCCACAGUGUUAUUCCCAGCACUGAACCUUGUCCAUCCAUGGGCAUACUUAGUAAUUAUUGUAGUGCUCUCGACUAGGUUGUGUCUACUGUGGUCCUUAGAUUGCACGUGAAUGUAUCACUUUGUGGCUGAGCUUUGUGCUAGUCAUAGAUGCAUACAAUUCACAAUAAUAGAACUUACUGUUCACCAGGGCAGAUCUAGCAGAGCAGAAAUUUCACAUACUGACUUGUGGCAAAGGUGGCAUCCUCUGACAGUGCUAUGUUUAAAGUCACUGAACUCUUCAGUAAGACCCAUUCUGCUGUCAAUGAAAAUUGCAUAGCUAUGUGUUUGAUUUUACACACCUAUUAACAAUGAAUCUUCUGAACUCAAUAACCUGGUGGAGUGUCCACAGACAUUUAGCCGUAAAAUGAAUUUUAUGGAUAAUGGUUGUAUUGCAAUAAACUUACAAUGAUGUUGAAAAAAAAUGAUGGGGCUAAUUUGCCAAAGAUUACACCUUACUUAUUGUAAAUAAACUCGUGAAGUCAUUUUAAUGUAAGGUAGCUGUAUAAAGAAUAAAAAAAUCAGUAUUAUCACACUUGUUAACUUUAAGUAGCCAUUUCUAACAAUAUUAUUUUUGAGUAUUGUGCACUGGAAAAUUAGUUUUCAUGGGUACAAUUUUUUCUGGAGUAUGUUUCUUGGUAGAGAUUUUUAAAUUU